AUGCCCUUAAGCUCACAUAUUUUGGCACAAACAACUCUCGUUUCUCUAUUUGGAAGCGUUUGCUUCUAUAGAUUAUAGGAAACAAUGGAAGCUGAUUGUCCGACCCGGACAACGAGCAUAACCAAACUAACUGCGGUCUCCGCCAAGCCCGUGAACCCGGGCACAACCCAUUCCCUCUCCCCGAUGGACCACUCAAUGGCCCUCCAUUCUCUUCACCUGAUUUUCUACUACCCGGAGAGCACGUUUGGCUCCCAGGACUUGGAGUUUCUGCGGGUCUCCCUGUCGGAAGUUCUCUGUAGUUACCCGCCUGUAACGGGUCGGUUGACCCGAGGGAGGGACGAGAGAUGGGAGGUGAAGUGCAACGAUGCUGGGGUGAGGCUCCUGAGCAGAAAAGUGGCUUGUACCAUCGACGAGUGGCUGAGGACCGCUGACGGGUUGGAGGAGAGUGAUCUGACUCUGUGGGAGGACCUCCCUGGGGACCCCAGCAUUUGGUCACCAUUCCGUAUCCAGAUAAAUGAAUUUGAAGGAGGCGGAAUGGCCAUUGGAGUGAGCUGCACCCAUUUACAUGCCGACUUCACCUCCCUCGCCGCACUCUUCAAGUCGUGGAGCGAAGUUCACCGCAGCAAAGCCAUUGAGCACCAGCCCAUCUUUCAGAAACCGAUUCUCACAGGUCGACCAAAACCAGAAAUUGCAAAGUCGCCCUUAAUCCAGUAUUACGAGACCAAAUCUACUGCUUCAUCUCCCUCUGUCAAGAUGGCCACUGCCACCUUCUUGUUCUCUGAUUCAGCUCUUAAGAAGGGCGUCUUGGAGUCGCAGGAUAGAUGCCCAGGGACCACCUCGUUCGACUUCCUUGCCGCCCUAUUCUGGAUUUGCAUAGAGAGGCUAAAGAACACGAAGAACUUCCCUAAGAGCUCACUUUCGGUCUGUGUGGACUCUAGAAAGUUUGUUAAGCCUCCUUUGCCUUUUAGGUACUUCGGGAAUGCAUUGCACUUUUCACAGCUGUCGCUACCCAAAGAAGAUAUGUGUUGCAGCGGGGUGGCAGAAGUUACACGCCAGAUUCACGACCAUGUCACAAACCUCCGAGAGGAGGAAUUUUGGUCUGCUUGGGAGUGGCUCAUGUUGAGGAAGUCAGGAUCGCCCUUUAGGAUGUACGGGCCUGAGCUGACAUGCGUAAACAUGGAGCAUCUGUCUGUGUACGAGAUGAUGUUUCAGGACGGGUCGAGGCCAGUGCAUGUCUCAUGUAAUAUUGGUAAUAUCGAAGGGGAGGGGCUGAUCGUCGUGAUGCCUUCGCGCGAGGGAGGGAGCUUUGCUAGGACUGUCAUGGUGGCAUUGCCAGAGGAGGAGAUGGACAAGUUGUGUGAAGACCAGGAGAUAUUACAAUUGGAGCCAAUAUUCAUUCUCAGACAAAGGAAAUAGAGGCAGGUUUUAUGACAAUUGCUUUGUUGGACGAUCUAUAAUGUUGUAUUUUAGACAUGAAUUGUUGUUCAACUGGUUCCUCUAUGGUCUAUUGCUACAUGGACAUGGAAAAUAUACAUUAUUGUAUGUCUCAUUGCAAGGAUUCUAUGAUCCUAUCAGGGGCCGAUGGCGACCAUUAGGUCUCCCGGCACAGUUGUGUCUACUUUUCAUCUCCGAUAAUACCAUUGACAGUUUCUUAUUCGCAUU